CUCCUCGCUAGAGCGCGGCCCCGGCGUACCAGAAGGGGGUUUUCGCUGGCCCUACGUAGCUGGCUCCCGAGUUCGACUCCGACGCCGCGAGACGCGAAGUAACGAAGAGGUGGUGACGAGACGACCGAACGACCUCAACCAACAACCAAACUCCGUGUCAUCAUCGGCCCGUGUGUACGCGAAACCGUCGCGACAAGUGCGGCAAAAAAAAAACCCCGAUCCCGAGAAGCAGCAGAAACCAUGAGUUACCAGAAGGGAGGCGUCCUGAGCGUCAGCCUACGGCGAGACUUUAGCGCCACGCCGUGGGGAUUCCGACUUCAGGGCGGCUUCGACCUCAACGCCCCUCUCACCAUCCAGAGGGUGUUUCUUGGAAGCCCUUCCGAGGGUGAGCUGCACCGCGGUGACCUGGUGCUCAAGAUCGGCGACCGCGACACGUCCCGCAUGACCCACAACGAGGCGACCGAACUUAUCCGAAACAGCGGCAACAACCUCAACCUGAUCGUGCAGAGGAGUCCCGGGCCGCACUCGCCGGCCUCGACACCGACGACGCCCAAGGCUCCCGGCAUGAUGUCCGGCGGCCACCCUCUGUCUGGUGCCACGUACCGGCCCGCGGGCCCGCCGGCCUAUGUGUCGCCGCAGAGCCCCGGCAUCACCAUCACGACGCAAAACGUGACGAUGCCGGCGCAGGGGCCCUACCAGGACGGCCAGUACCAGUACGAGCUGCGCCAGGGCUUCCUGGUGCCCGAGCCACUUGUCGAAAACAAGAUCGACGCACUGAAGGAACAGGCCAAGAUUACCAAUCAGACCUACAGGACUACACCCCUGAUCACACCGUCCGCGAAGCCGCGGCGUGAUGUGACCAUCGGAUCAUACCUGCGGCACGUGAAAGAGCCCUACUUCACCACCAUGAAGAUGCCCGUCGAUAGCCUGAACAACGCUGAAGCAAUUGCCAAGAAGGUGCAGGAGACGGUGAACCAGGUGGCGUCCGGCAGCAACUCGCCGUGCUUCGGCCUGCCGGCCUCGGUGGCCACCAGCGGAGGCAGCGGCGGGCGCGUCACACCAGGCGCGGACGGGCCCAAGGUCGUGCACAACGUGUACAACUCGCCCAUCCAUCUCUACUCGACGCAGAACGUGGCCGACACUCUGGCCGCGCAGACGGGCUUCAAGCUCGGCCAGGGUCAGGGCAAUCUCCAGCCAUCGGGAAACGCCAGCCCUCAGCAGCAGCAACAGCACUCACCGCGAAGCGUGGGCAGUGCCGGCAGCAGCGCGGGUGCGAUAAGGCCUGGCACCAAGCUGAAUAGCGCGGCCGACAUCACCAUGUCACCCACCUACCAGAUGAUCCACGGUGAGGAGUGGCGCGACAUCCGCAAGAGCGACCUCCAGGAGCACCGGCCCGUCCAGAACCAGCUGUAUGCUGUGCAGCCAGAUUACGGCAACGCCAUCAAUGCGUUCGGUGCGCCAAAGGGACGCAUCCAGCAGUCCAACAGCUUCAAGACUAUUAUGUCCACUGUCAUGACACCAAAGCUGCUCUAGAGCCACUACCUUUGAUGUAUGCCCCUGCACACGAACUCAUGUUUACAGUGCCACACAAGGGUAGAGCAGGCCAUUCCGGUUGUGCUUAACCCCCCACACCCUUCAAGAGAGAUGCGCGAGUGUUCACAAACAUGAGUUCGUCUACAAACCUCCCUUAUAGCUGACAGGGGUGUCUCUAAUCUCUACGUCUGCAGAAAGAAGCUUAAGAGGUGACUUUCACGAUCACAAGGUUACAAUGCACACGAGGUCCAGAGGCAACAAGGCAUAAGUGCUUACACAGUUUCCUCCAGCCAGAAAAAGGCAAUUUGCAAUAAUUCUGUGCCGGUGUCUUUCACCGAAUCAUGCAGCUAAAGCCAUUUGUGCCUGCUGGUUGCAGCCUCGUGAUUCAAGGUGCCAAAAGCAACACUUGUGAUCUGUGAUCCCUAAGCCAACCUUAACUUACAGCUUGGCAAGAGAGCUAGUGCACACUAUGAAGAAUUAGUGUGGCUCUGGAAAUCCUCAAUGCCAUAAAACCAUAACACCAAUACUGUAAGGCAAACAUAAAUGCAGAGUUAUCAUAACUGUCACAUCUUUCUAAAUAUUGUUUAUUUGUGAUGAAACAGUUAUGAAAAUAAUGGCAUGUAAGCUGUGUGACAAAUACUAGAGGUUUGUCAUAUAGUCUGGAUUGUCAAAGUAGCGAGCAUACAGCUCUUUUUAUCUGUGAACAUCGAGCCGAUCUGUUGCUUUCAAGGAAGAAAAGCUGAUUUGUCAACCAGUUUCAGUCCAACAAAUAAAAUGGUUUGUGCUGCCAAAAAGUGCACCCAAGCUUUUAGAGAUUCGGCGUAUGCUGUGUAAUGUUGCGCACAAUGUGCAAUCUGUAAUAAUGCAUACUUACAUAUGUGAUGUUCGAGAAUCAAGUCAAUCUAAAACAGACAAGCUAAAACCUUCAAAGGGUGACUGACCACCUAUCAGCUGCGUUGUGACCAUCACUUGUAUCUUGCUCUCAGACAUUGUGCUUGUUGGUGACUGUGGAUGCUAGUGUUUCCUGCUUUGGAAGGAGUGCCAUAUAAGAGUUCAAUGCUUUUGUGUUGCGCUGGGUGUUUGAUAGUUGGGUAGUUCACGAAGAUACGCCUUUUCAUUUCUUAUAAUAUAUUGUUUCUUUUUUGUUUUUGAGUGAGACGUCUCUUCCAGAGUGCCUUAUACACCACACAUUGAUAAGUGCCUUUGUAGUAAGGCAUAUUAUAGCAGGUUCAAUUUUUUAAACUGCAUUUUAUUCUGCUUGCAAUUUUUCUUUGUUUCCCACAAAUGUCAUCCAACAAGUUCUGCUGUCAUCCAACGCUAUUGUUGGCAAAUAUUCAUAUGAAAGGCCUUCUCAAAUGCAAACUGAUAUUGCCAGUUUCACAUUGACAAACUACCCAUCAGCAGAAACAGUUGAACAAAAUCCCUCAGUGCAUACUAAGGCACAUAUACAGAAUACAUUUUUGAGAAAGAGAGUGUGAUACCAAUGCUGCUAUGGCUUGACAUGCUACUUUUACUUCUAAUAAACUAUUUAUAAGGCAUGGAACUGUCAUGUAGUAGCUUAAUUACACACAGCAACGGAAUGUUCAGCUGUACGCAGCUUUAUUUGUCACUGUACAGUAACUUAUUGAAAUAAAUCUCCUACAAACCAACA